GCGAACGCUGAGCGCGGUGCGUGGCUAGCUUCUUCCCCGUUCGAACGUUUCUGGGGCCCUCUGGAAGUUCGACAGCGAAGGGAAUCCUCUGGAGUCAAGUGGAUCGCUGCAAGAUGGAUGCCGGACCAUCGAAACGAGCACACGGCUGGGAUCACCUGCAAGGACUCGACGAGGCAUCAGCAAAGCGCCCAAGACUUACACUUUCGUCGGAUACCCCACCGACUGCUCCAGCAAUGGCUCAUCAAAUGGAUCCUUCACCGUCCGCCGGAGUCCCAGUGGCCAACAUGCAUGAGGAGAUGGAGUGGAUACACCAUCAUCAGGAACUUUGCCUCCAGUGGGCCGCGUCCAGGUCUAGGCUUCCAGAAGGUCCCGUAAGUUCGCUGCUUCGGCAGGCCUCCAUGGAGGAAGACUUGCCACCUGCCCAUCUGGGCCAUGCUCCUUUCAUCAACUUCCAAAUGGGCCUCAUUUGCGAGCGCAUGAUGAAGGAACGCCAGAACCGCACGCGUGAGGAGUUCGACCAUGUGUUCUCUGCGUAGCCCUCUAAGCAGCUCUGCGCAUUUCUUCAACUUGCGCACCAAGAGAGCGAGAAGCGAUACGGGGGCGCCACAAUCAGCUACUCGUCGUGACGUGAUUAGCGUCGCAUCGCAAGGGGACAUGCGCGAGCUCUGGCACGAGGAAGCACCAGGAAGAAAUCUACUGGCAAAGCCUGCACUGUAAAGCAGUAAUAAAGGUCGGGACUGAACGCAUGAGUCUGUCCUACA